AAUCACAUCACCACCGGCAAACAGCAACUAAACUCACUCCUCUCACGAAAAACGUAUAAUUUUUAGUGUAUCCGUCUCUUUAGUUGACGUUAAAUUAAUUGACACCAUAUUUUUCAUCACAUAAUUAAUUUUGUACACCCAUCACACGAUGGCUUCCCCUCCGGAAUUUCCCCCACUGGAACGACGCUUCAUCGAAGUGAAGGUGAAUGGAGGAGGAGGGAUGAUUUCAAAAAAUAAAUAUAAUGCUCUGAAUAAGAGAUGGGCGCCCAACCCCCAGACCAAGAAAUGGGUCGAGUUCUACCUCCCCCAUCCACGGGCGGAUGCAACCCAGCUGGAAAAAUGGUCCGAGGCAAUGGUCCUGUACACGAAAGAUCUCCGGAAGUUGUUGUCCCUGUCACAUUACGCCUUCUGGUCCUCGAUGGUCUACUGUGAAGCGAUUAAGGACCAAGUUUUAGCAUCUUUCCUGCGCUCGGCGCCGCGACAGUAUGACCCCACUUAUGCAGACUAUGUGGCACAUCCGGUCCUUUGGCCAGUCUAUGAGAAACUUUAUUUGCUCGUGUUUCGAGUUUAUUUAAGAUUGUCGACUUUCAAGGAGUCAAAGGAGGACCACAUCUUGCCGGGAUAUUGGUCUCUCAUGAUCCGCGACAAUGGCCUCAUGUCGGUCGAAGUGUUACAAAACUUGUGCACCUUGUAUUACUCGGAGGGCAAUGUGAUUUUCCAAAAAAUGUUGGAAAACGUGAUAAAACAUGACGCUCGGAUUUUGCAAGAUGUAAGGGCACAAGUUCCCAAGUUGAGGGAUAAGUUUAGCGCAUUCACCCACCAGACUGAAGAGCUAAUGAGUGCUGAUCAACAAGACUGGGAUGAAAUCAAGCUGGGUGAUAUCCUCUGGUUUACACUCGACUCGAUGUAUUCGCUCCUCAAAUUCUGCCAAGCAUAUCCUCCCGUGGCCGAUGUGUUUCUCCGAUAUCCCGACUUUCUCUCAAACAUGGCCAUAUCGUACGAGCAGAAUACGCGUCGAUGGGGGAGACUCAUCUCACGUCUACCCUCUCUCACGAAGCAGGUCAACAUUUGCCGCACCGCUAUCCUCCGCCUUUAUCGCUACAUUCUCAUCAAUCCAACGCUCAACUCCGUCGUAGCCGCAAACGACAAAGGACUCGACGACUACUUUGAAUUCUUUGCCAACUCAAUUGACGAAAAGAUCUUUAUUCACGAUUAUGAGAAAAAUUAUCCGUUCCGUGCUGAUAUGCAAGGACUCCUCUCGAGAGGAAUUUUCGUCGACGAAACCCGCAUCGACUACAUGGCGAACGCCAUCUCAGCCUGUUUCCACUCUUGCGGGGAGGAAUAUUCUGUCGAAAAGAUUGUCGUGGACCCCUUGUACGACCCGAAUUUUGAUCGGCAGCUGCUUGGAGCAUGUAGUUUAGAGCUGAGUGGGGUCGAAUUGGAAAGUCUUGUGACGCAGGUGAAGGACUUGCUGCCAGAGUUGCCUAGCUCGUAUCUUGAGGCCGUCCUGAAACAUUACGGGUACAAGACGGAGGAUACGAUCAAUGCUCUCUUGGAAGGAAGUGUGCCAGCUCGGUUGGAAAAAUAUAAGAGUGAAGAAUACAUCCGCUCUUCGCAGACGACUCCAACACACAUGUCGAAAAUGGGGAACGCAUCGACCAGUGCAUCUUCAUCAACUGUAGUUAGUUUGCCCGGUGAAAAGUUUCUGCCAGCAAAAGGUGCGGGAAAUGAUACUUUGGAAGAACAAGUUCUCGACUCCUCCACCAAAUCGGCCAUCCUCCGUCUCGCCGAACAAGCACAAGAGGAGGCGCGCAAAAAUCGGGAAGCAACCCUCCGCCGACUUGCCGGUGAUGGUGGAAACGACGGGGACUUAAGUUCAGCCUACAUUGGCCAAGACCUCCUUCCCCCCAGCUUUGCUACCGAUAUCGACUACGAGGAUGAGUACGACGACACGUAUGACGACGUAGGCGCCGGCAUGACUGAACCAGACAAUGCACCCACCGUGUUCAAACCUUUGAAUGUGAAGAAAGCAGAAAUCAUGGGGGCAGCUGGUCAAGCGUCGGGUAAUAACAAUUAUGACGAAGAUGACGAGGAUGACGACGACGAUUCUUCUGUACCAAGGCGACGAGGUGGGAAAGAUUUCGAAGCCUUUUGUGAAGAUCCAGCCGUCGUGAGAGAGCGGUUUGAGAGGCGACGAGAAGAAAUGUACCAUCGGAAACAUGGUGGACCCAAACCGGGUCAAACACAAUAUCCAUCUUUCUCAGGUCAAGGUCAAGGACCACCUGGAGGACAGAAUCGUGAUGUCGUGGGACGAGCGAAAGGUCAAGGUCAGGAGAAAGAUGUGCUAUACAAUAGAAGGCAGAAGACGGCAAACAAAGGAGCUGGAGGCAACUUUAAGAAAAGGGCUGACUUUAAGAGGAAAGAGUUUUAAGAGUACUAAUAAUGUAAUUUCAAAACCGAAUCAAAUAUUUUUGUACCCGAUGCAAAUUACGGUCGAUUAAUAUGAGACAAGACUUAUUGACGUAUUGCUACAAAAUACUUUAAACAUAUUCUGCAGAUUUAUAUUGAUAAGAGAAAUUAAACCGGUAUUAUACGAGAGGUGUUACUUGAUUUGAUUGGUACAGAACUAAUUUUUUCUUUAACUAAACCUGGUCUAUAGUUAAUUACAAUUAAAUUAUCCAUAAAAUAAAGUAAAUUUGAACAUUGUAAUGAUCAUCUGGAUACAGCCAGAAUAAAAUUUAUUUCCCUUCCCCAGUGUAUGCUUUUUUAAAGUUUGUUUAGUUUAUGAGAGAAUGGAUGGGAACAAAGUUGUUGGUUUUGUUAUUUCAAACAGAAAAAUAAAAAAGGUUCCCCCGAUCUACAUAAAUAUAUCGGGCAAUAAUAA